AGCGUGGGAAGCAGAGGAGGGAGGAGAGAGAGAAAGCGCGGGGGCGCGAGCGCAACAGCAACAGCAAGCGGCGCAACGCAUCAACCCACGCCCCAGACCACCCUUCUUCUUCCCCUCCCGAUCCCCAAAUCCCUCCUCCGCCAUGGAGCACCACCAGCAGCAGCCGCCGCCGCCGUCGCCGAUGGAGAACAACUCCAAGCCCCCCACCCCGUCAUCGACGCCCACAUCGCACCUCUCCACGGCGCCGUCCUCCGGCCUCCCCUCGGUCCCCCCGCCGCGCCCGUCGCCGUCCUCCUCCUCGGCACCCACCACCCCCGGCUCGCGCACCAUCUACAGUGACCGCUUCAUCCCCAGCCGCACUGGAUCCAACCUCGCGCUCUUCGACCUCGCCGCCGCCCCCUCGCCCUCCUCCUCCCAGCAGGCCGCCGCGUCCUCUUCUGGAUCUGCCGCGCCCGCCGCGUCGCCCUACUGCACGCUCCUCCGCGCCGCGCUGUUCGGGCCCGACACCCCCGACCGGGUGACCUCGUCGGCCGCCGCGUGCUCGUCCUCCUCGCCUGCCGGGGCGUCGCCGGUCGGAUCCCCGGGGAGCGGGAACAUAUUCAGGUUCAAGGCGGAGGUCCCCCGGAACGCCAAGCGGGCCCUCUUCGCCGGCGGGGACGACGAGGACCUUCUGUUCCCCGGCGUGUUCAAGGCGAAGGGCACUGGCCCAAGGAAGAUCCCUAGGUCCCCUUAUAAGGUGCUGGAUGCGCCGGCAUUGCAGGACGAUUUCUACCUGAACCUCGUGGAUUGGUCUUCGCAUAAUGUCCUCACCGUGGGAUUAGGGAACUGCGUGUACUUGUGGAAUGCAUGCAGCAGCAAGGUCACCAAGCUCUGCGAUUUGGGGGUGGACGACACGGUCUGUUCGGUGGGUUGGGCGCAGCGCGGGACUCACCUAGCUGUAGGAACUAACCAAGGCAAAGUUCAGAUAUGGGAUGCAUCACGAUGCAAGAGAAUCAGAACCAUGGAAAGCCAUCGCAUGCGAGUGGGUGCUCUUGCCUGGAACUCUUCAUUGCUUUCUUCUGGCAGUCGCGACAAGAACAUCCUUCACCACGAUAUCCGUGCUCCGGAUGACUACGUUAGCAAACUUACUGGGCAUAAAUCGGAGGUCUGUGGGCUAAAGUGGUCUUAUGAUAACCGUCAGCUCGCUUCUGGUGGUAACGACAACAGACUUUUUGUAUGGAAUCAACAUUCAGUACAGCCAGUACUGAAGUAUACGGAGCACACAGCAGCUGUCAAAGCCAUUGCUUGGUCACCUCAUCUCCAUGGGCUUCUUGCAUCUGGUGGAGGAACUGCAGAUAGAUGCAUACGUUUUUGGAAUACGACCACAAAUACACACUUGAGUUUCAUGGACACAGGAAGUCAGGUCUGUAACCUUGUGUGGUCAAAGAAUGUUAAUGAGCUUGUUAGCACCCAUGGAUACUCUCAGAAUCAAAUAAUUGUUUGGCGAUACCCAACAAUGGCAAAGCUUGCUACAUUGACAGGCCAUACAUACAGAGUAUUAUAUUUAGCCAUCUCCCCUGAUGGACAGACUAUCGUUACUGGUGCUGGCGACGAGACGCUCCGGUUUUGGAACGUCUUUCCGUCUCCUAAAUCACAGAGUUCUGACAGCUUAAGUAGCAUCGGAGGAACAUCAUUCGUUAGGAGCUACAUCCGGUGACUCGGAUGCAUUGCAGUAUUUUACCAAGCCCUUACGAUUUUUGCAUCAAUUGUUGAUGAUCAUCGACAUUCAUUCCAUUCCACUAUGUACCACUCGCCACCCCGGAUGCCAUCUGGUCGAUCAGCCAUAAGAGCCAGCACCAUUUAGAGAUAGCGUGGUACAGAAUGAUUGACUGGCUUGCGCCGGAUCCUCCAGUCAGGUCUCAUGUGCUGAAAAUUGUACAUAUUUAUUCAGUGGGGCUGUAGGAGUUGAAAGGUGGCAAAUGCUCAUGAGGCGGAAACAUGGACUAUCCACCGGAUUCCAUUGAUUAGAUUGUUACUCGCCCUUGUCUUUUGUUUAACUUGUAAGUCACCUUUGAGCUGUAGCUGUUCUAGCAGAUUAGCCUAUCCAGAAGAAUGGCAUUCGAUGGAUGUAACAUUACCUAACUGAGACAUGCUCCAUCUCAUUUCAUCAGAUCCGUCAAAAAUUAAGAAGUGUGUCAUACUGGUUACUGUGCCUUGACAUUUAUCCGAA